GCUCUGCGGCUACUUUACAAAGUCGAACUUUAAUUUAGGCGUUUUCUCUUUACAGACGUCAGUAGUUGCAUUUUAAAAUAUACAUAUAUAUAAAUCCGGGGCUUGUUGGAGAAAUCGCUCUAACAGAACAAACUUUAUACGCUUCGAACCGGUUUCGAAACAACAUGAAGAAACCGAAGCGUCGUUGACGCUUCGAAACUGAGUACUGUGUCGAAUACCGGGGCUUCAGUUAGCUCGGGAGCUAAUGCUGGCUAAGUCUAGGUUAUUUUUAUUUUAUUUUUUUUGCAUAUCACUUUUCCGUCUCAUUCCUUUCCUGUCCAGUAGUAAACGAUGUCAGCUUCGGAACAGGUUCGGUUCGGUCGGAAACGAGUCCUGCCAUCGUGUCCAAACCCGCUGUUUCUGCAGUGGCUUACCGAGCUGAGAGACGAGGCCAGAGACAGAGGACUGAAGACCCAGUUCACCUACCAGAAGGCAAUCAAUUCUUUGAACAAGUAUCCGUUACCGCUUCAAAAUGCCAAAGAGGCAAAGAUCCUGCAGAACUUUGGAGACGGGAUCUGUAAAAUACUGGAUGAUAAACUCCAGCGGUACUACAGAGAGAACGGUCCAAAUGCUAAGAUUCACUCGCUGCCCGAAGGAGCGCCCCCUGCUGUUCAAGCUGACAACCACAGCCUGGUGCCUUCCAAGAAAAAAAAUGGAGUGUGUGUUGGUGGAGAGUCUGGAGAAGGAAAGACGAGGAGGAGGAAGAAGGACUACGUGCCCCAGAAGAGGUCUGGAUGCUAUGCUGUGCUGCUCAGCCUUUACAGAGAGUCGCAGUUGGCAGAUGGGAAAGGUUACAUGUUAAAAUACGAACUUCAAACUGAAGCUCAACAUCUAUGCGACAAAUCGCUAACUGUGCCUGAACCGGGCAGUAAAUACACAGCCUGGUCUUCAGUCAGCACCCUGAUCCAAAAGAACCUGGUGUUAAAGACCCACAACCCGGCAAGGUAUUCUCUGACCGAGGAAGGUCUGGCUCUGGCGGAGCGUCUGGAUUCAGCAGAGCGGCUGACGGACAACAGACCAGACGGGGACGGAGAAGACAGUCCUGGAGUGGUGGAUCUGACCUGCAGUGAUGAAGAGGAGCAGGAGGAAAACCAGAGGACGCACCCCACAGAGCGGCCGGAGUGCGUGACACAGAUGAGGACCGAGCCAGACGGCAGGAACCUCCCAAACUCACAGUAUUCAAACCUAAAGCCAAACGGAGGACGACUUCCUCCUGGAAGCUACUACAUCGUGCUGUGUGUGGACGUCAUAGAGACAACGGGGGCCAGCCACCACCGUAAGCAGGAGCUGGUGAAAGAACUCCAGAGAAACGGCGUCAACUUUGACGUCAGGAAGCUCAACGUUGGUGACUUCCUGUGGGUGGCGCGGGAAAAGGUCGCACCUGUUCCAGGUCAGUUGCGCGCUCCGGCGGGCAGGGAGCUGGUUCUGGAUUACAUCAUCGAGAGGAAGAGGAUGGAUGACCUGUGCGGCAGCAUCAUUGACGGACGCUUCAGGGAACAGAAGUUUCGCCUGAAGAGGUGUGGCUUGCGGCAGCCCAUCUAUCUGAUUGAGAGCGGCGUGGCGGCCGCUCACCUCAGUAUUCCUGAAGCCACGCUGCAGCAAGCCAUCGUCAACACGCAGGUGGUUGACGGGUUCUUUGUGAAGAGAGUUCAGGACGUGCGGGAAUCUGCAGCCUAUCUCACAGUCAUGACGCGACACCUGACAAAACUCUACCAGAACUGUACAUUGACAUGUUGCUCCAGAGGGCUGGACGGGGAUGCACCGCGUGAGGAACAGCAGACAGGGAGACCUUUCUGCUCGCUUAUGUCUUUCGCUGAAUUCAAUCAAGGAGCCGUCAAAAACAAGUGUCAGACAGUGAGAGAAGUGUUUGCCAGACAACUGAUGCAGGUCAGCGGUUUGUCUGGAGACAAAGCAGCUGCUAUCCUAAACCACUACAGCACCCCCUACCGUCUUAUAACAGCUUAUGAAUGCUGCACCAGAGAAGAGGAGAAAGAGAAACUCCUGUCCUCCAUCAGAUACGGAAAACUCAGGAGGAACCUGGGCCCGGCUCUGAGCAGAACCAUUUAUCAGCUGUAUUGUUCCCCCGGAGCGCUCUCAUAAGGACACGCCCACCAGUCAGUCAACAUCCACCUUUUUUUUUUGUUGUUGUUGUUUUAAACAAAUGAGUGAAUAAAAGUUUUUAUUCUGCAGCUUUUUCCAUCUGCUCUGAUCAUAUAACGCCCAGUGUCUAACGUGACAUACCAAACUGAUUUUUCUGUUUCAGUAUGUGUGGUCGCGUCCCUUGUACUGUGGUCCCUCUCAGCGUGCGGGACCAGACAGCUAGCCAACACUUAGAUGGGUGGUUGAAAUCCCAAUAAAUCCACAAGGCCUGCUUUUCUGACCUUCACAGAUUCAAUCUCUUUGUAAAACUGCACCAAAAUACAGAAUUAGUACA